UUCGCAGCGAUACUACUAUACGACCUGACCUGACCCAAUUCCUGAUGGAUUGAUUGUUAUUAUAAAAACAGAUGACUUGCAAAAAUGUUUAGACGUGGUUUAUGUUAACACUAAGUGCAAAAUCUUGCUUGAAAUGUCUAUUGCCUGUCAUCAUCUCCCAGACUGUUUAUAGCCAGCUGCGGAUACCCAGUCCAUUUGAUCUGCCACGGGCAGCCUUUGUCAGUUUUGUUACCUCUGAUAAUAACACAGGUGGCGGCAUGAGUCGCAAGGUGGUACAGACAGUUUUGAGUGUUGAACAGGAUGAAGGCAUGGGGGCUAGAGUGAGGCGGAGUGUGGGAAGAGCUGAGCUGAAGAAUUUGGAUCCAUUUUUGCUGCUGGAUGAGUUUAGAGUGACCGCGCCAGCAGGAUUCCCAGACCACCCUCACAGAGGCUUUGAAACUGUGACUUACAUGUUAAAUGGGGCAUUUCGACAUGAAGAUUUCUGUGGACAUAAAGGCAUAAUCAAUGCAGGGGAUUUACAGUGGAUGACAGCAGGAAGGGGCAUAGUGCACUGUGAGAUGCCGCAUGGAGAUAAAGAAGGUCAUGGUCUACAGCUGUGGGUGAACUUGAGCAAGAAAGACAAAAUGAUCAAACCAGCUUAUCAGGAACUUUUGGACAAGGACAUCCCAAAAGGAGAGAAGGAUGGAGUCACAGCUAAGGUUAUUGCUGGAGAGGCUUUGGGUAUAAAGUCUCCUGUGUACACCAGAACACCUACUCUAUACAUAGACUUCACAAUGGCCCCUGGGUCCAGGCUGUCUCAGGCCGUACCCCGGGGAUGGACUGCAUUUGUCUACACUCUCUCAGGGGAGGCAUACUUUGGUGGAACUCAUGGAAAACCUCACCACACCCUGGUGCUGGGGGAUGGGGAGACACUGGAGGUGGAGAAUAAGGGCAAAGAAUCCUGUCACUUUGUGCUCAUUGGAGGGAUGCCAAUAAAAGAACCUGUGGUACAAUAUGGACCAUUUGUGAUGACAACAGAUGAAGAAAUCAAAGAAGCUAUGGCAGACUAUCAUCAUGACAGGAAUGGGUUUGAAAAUGCGAGCAGUUGGAAUUCAUUUGUGGUCACAGAAGAUGAUUUACCACCGCCAUAGUUGCCUAGACUUGCCAUGUUGUAAUUCAUGCCAAUGUUGAUACAUCAUCUCUCAUAUUGGACACAAGAUUGUUUUAUUUGUAUGUUUUAAAAUGUUGUUGAGAAGAAAACGCACAAAGUACAUUCUGCAUUCAACAUAAAGACUGUCAGUAAAGUCAUGUCAUCAGUGUAGAAGACUCAUCUUUUAUCUGAAAUCUGUGACUAACUUUAGAAAUCAGAAAAUUUUACUUUAUUCUUCUUUAUAUAAGGCAGCUAUAGGUAAACAAGUCAUGUGCAUAGCAUUUUACAUUUAACUUCUGAAUCUUUACUUAAACAGUGGGGAGUGGAGAAUGUGAUAAACAAUUUUGAAGACGUACUUAUUUUGAUAUAAUUCAAGUAUUGAAGUGGUGUGCUUUUAUCUCAAGCAAAUAGCCGUGACUAACUUAAAAGAAAGUGGUUGGGAUUUUAAUUAAUUUUUUUUACUUGAAUUUUUAUGCAACAAUGAUUGCAGUGCAUAUUUUGUAUGAAGGAACAACAGUAAUUGGACCUUGGGAUUCUUGGUGUUGGAUGGUUUAUUAUUUUUAUUAUUACUCUUUUUUACAUAAAGAUGAUUUUUUAUUUCAAAUCUCAAUAGAAGUUUUUAAUGUCACUGCUUUUCUCAGUUUCAUCAUGUAUAUGACUGUCAGGUUGACAGCUUUGCUGUCUAAAUUGUUCAAAGAUAUUGUCUAUUUCAGUUAAUUUUGAUCUCCUUCAUCAGAUAUGUUUUACACUUAAACUGUAUGUGGCAUUACCUCGAUGUGGUGUAGGUCUGAAAAUGUGUUUUUGUUUUGUAAAAAAAAA